AUCCCAGCCGUCGAUUUCAGUUCUCUUUCGUCUUUAGGGUUUUUGAUAUCUGGACGCCUUAAUUCUCCUCCACUGAGCCUGUAAUUCUCUUUCUCCCUCCCUCCCUGCGCAACCCGCAGACAGACCAAAAAUCGGCCAUGGUUUUCGUCGCACAGAAGUCUAGAUCUUACUUCAAGAGGUUUCAAGUCAAAUUCAAGCGAAGGAGAGAGGGCAAAACUGAUUAUCGUGCAAGGAUACGUUUGAUUAAUCAGGACAAAAACAAAUACAACACGCCUAAAUAUCGUUAUGUUGUGCGAUUUACCAACAAAGAUAUAGUUGCACAAAUUGUAUCCGCUAGCAUUGCUGGGGACAUGGUUCUUGCAUCUGCUUAUGCUCAUGAACUCCCUAGUUAUGGCCUCAAAGUUGGACUUACAAACUAUGCUGCAGCUUAUUGUACUGGGCUUCUGUUGGCUCGUCGAGUUUUGAAAACACUUGAGAUGGAUGAGGAGUAUGAGGGAAAUGUUGAGGCCACUGGUGAAGAUUACUCUGUGGAACCUGCAGAAAGCAGAAGGCCUUUCCGUGCUCUUUUAGAUGUUGGUCUUAUCAGAACCACUACUGGCAACCGUGUUUUUGGUGCCCUCAAGGGAGCACUGGAUGGUGGAAUUGACAUCCCUCACAGUGAAAAGAGGUUUGCUGGAUUCAACAAGGAUGGGAAGCAACUUGAUGCUGAUGUUCACCGCAAGUACAUUUAUGGGGGACAUGUUGCUGAUUACAUGAGGACUUUGACAGAAGAUGAACCAGAGAAAUAUCAGACACACUUUUCUGAAUACAUAAAGGCUGGAGUUGAAGCAGACAGCAUUGAAGAGGUCUACAAGAAGGUGCAUGCAGCUAUUCGUGCUGAUCCAACCCCCAAGAAAUCUGAUAAGCAGCCUGCCAAGGAGCACAAGAGAUACAAUCUCAAGAAGUUGACAUAUGAUGAGAGGAAGCAAAAGCUUAUCGAGAGGUUGAAUGCUUUGAAUGCUGCUGCUGGGGCUGAUGAUGAGGAUGACGAUGAUGAAGAUGACGAGUGAAGAUUUUUGCUUGUUGGAUUCUUCAAAAAAAAGACAAGAUUUUAUCAUCUUUCAAUUUUGUUGCUUUUUGUUGAAUAUCUCUCCCAUAGACAGAAAGGAUACUGGUUGAUUGUUCGACUUGUUUAAUUUUAUGUUUUUUUUCUUAGUUGUUGAAGUUGGAAUUCUUUUGUUUACAUUAUGAAUGUCUUAGGUGUUUUUUUUAAGUAUUUUCUUUCUCAAUUGUUGGAUUUACAGGGUAUGUCUAGCUCUCAAGUAGGCAGAAUAUGAAAGCUAUCGUCUUUUUCUAUGUUUAAUUAAUUUGCAAACGGCUUUACCAAG